CCGGACAGGGCGGGACAGGGAAGUCCCGCCCCUCAGGCCCCGGCCCGGGGUCACCCCGAGGGCUGCGACCGCCGCUUUCCCGUCCCACGACCCCGUCCGGAGCGAAAGAGGGCGCUGAGGCGGGCGGGCCAUGCCCUUGUCGCCCCGCGUCGCUCUCCUCCGGGACCUGGUCUUGGGCGUGCUGGGCACUGCCGCCUUCCUGCUCGACCUGGGCGCCGACCUGUGGGCCGCCGGGCAGUACGCGCUCCGCGGCCGCUACCUGUGGGCCGCGCUGGUGCUGGCGCUGCUGGGCCUCGCCUCGGCCUUGCUGCAGCUCUUCAGCUGGGUCUGGCUGCGCGCCGACCCCGCCGGCCUGCACGGCCCGAAGCCCCCCGGCCACUGCCUGGCGCUGCUGCACCUCCUGCAGCUCGGCUACCUGUACAGGUGCCUACAGGGGCUGUGGCAGGGGCUGCUGGUGUGGCAGCAGGAGACGCCCUCUGAGUUCGACUUGGCCUAUGCUGACUUCCUCUCCCUGGACAUCAGCAUGCUGCGGCUCUUUGAGACCUUCUUGGAGACAACGCCACAGCUCACGCUGGUGCUGGCCAUCAUGCUGCAGAGCGGCCAGGCUGAGAACUACCAGUGGUUUGGCGUCUGCACAUCUGUGCUGAGCAUCUCGUGGGCGCUGCUGGACUACCACCAGGCCCUGCGUACCUGCCUUCCCUCCAAGUCUGGCCUGGGCUGGGCUGCUUCUGCCAUCUACUUCCUGUGGAACCUGCUGCUCCUGUGCCCCCGACUUCUGGCUGUGGCCCUGUUCUCAGCUCUUUUCCCCCAGUAUGUGGCCUUGCACUUCCUGGGCCUGUGGCUGGUGCUGCUGCUCUGGGUCUGGCUUCAGCGUACAGACUUUAUGCCAGACCCUGGCUCCGAGUGGCUGUACCGGGCGACGGUGGCCACCAUCCUCUAUUUCUCCUGGUUCAAUGUGUCUGAGGGCCACACCCGAGGCCGGGCCAUCAUCCAUCUGGUAUUUCUCUUGAGUGACAGUAUUCUACUGGUGGCCACCUGGGUGAACUAUAGCCCCUGGCUGCCUAGUGAGAUCUCAUUACAUGUUUGUCUGGCUGUGGGAGGCAUCUGCUUCCUUGCAGGUCUGGCUGUGCGCCUUGGCUACUACCGCUGGCUGCACCCUAGUUGCCGCUGGGAGCCUGAUCCGGUGGAUGGAACCCGGGUGGAUGGGCCCCGGAAUCUCUUUCCUUGCAAAAAUCAUCAGCUGCUUUGGAACAGGCGCAUGACUCAGUUGGCAUUGAGCUUUUUCCCUAAAGCUAAGGAUGAGGGUGUUUUGCCAGCGAAGGGAGAGGUGAAUGGGGUCCUUUAGGCAGUGCACACCCAAGCUACAAGGGGUUCACUAUGUGAACAAGAUGAGGAGAAGGCCUGGCCCUGGAAGGUCAAGGGUGCCGAUUAUGUACAAGCCAUGUUGGCAGGAAAGAGGACUUGUUUUCUCCUCGAACAGUGUAGGCGUUACACCCAAACCUUCCCAUUGUUGGUAUUUUCACCACACGGCCACCUCUCAGGUGGUAGAAAUGCUGUCCCAGCCCUUGGUUCCUCUAUCCCGGGCUAAAUGGCACGCCAGGAGUUCUCCAAACUCCUUCCCUGCCCGACCCCAUUCAUUUAAUUUAUUCAACAAAUGUUUACUGAAAGCAUUUUGUGUGCCACAACCAACAUUGUAACUUUGGUACCAGCUGCCACACCAGCUUUAUCCCUGACCUGAUCGAACCAAUCCUGGGUAGGAGUUCAAAGGUGGGGGCCAGGACACCCAACUGUAGACUAUCAGCCCCUCCAGGGUCUCCGUGCAGCUGACCCAGCCUCUGCACCUGCUCUCCAGGGGCUGCCUUUCAACUAAGUGCCUUGUAGACCUGUGGUCUGGACCAUGCAUAGCCCGUUGAGUAUUUUUAUUCUUUGUUGUUUUUGUUACUGGGGAUCGAACUCGGGUCCUUGUGCUUGCAAGGCAGGCGGCAUAAUCACUUAGCUAAAUUCCCAGCUCGAGUAUUUGUAUUCUUUAGCCAGUGUCCCUCCUACCUCAGAGUCCAUGUUAGAUGAAGACAAUGUAUGUGUCACUAAAGUGAGGACACAUGUGGUACAUGUUUGACAGUAUUAUAAGGUUAUUAUUAAAAACCUCAUGAAACCCUC